AUGCAUCCCAGUACACUGAAGCAAAGAAGAUCCGAGUCCUCUGAUGAAGAUGACUCUGUUUCUUCAAUGCUUUACCUAUUUUUGCCAGAACAUGUUUGGAAGCUAAUUCUACAAAACAUAAAGAGUACAAAGAAAUUGUUGAAGCUCCGUACGGCGAGUAAACUCUUCUGUACGAUGAUAAAUGAUCAAUUGAAUUCUGAAAGACGUUGGGAAAAACUUUGUUACUCUCGGAGGAUAACCCCAUGGCACGCAGCCUUGAAGAAUACACUCUUUGCAUCAAAUGAAAAUAAUUCGCUCGAUGAGUUUGUUGCUGACCAAAGUAACUGGAAGAUCAUGUAUUUUUCUUACAGAAAAUGGGAGAGUAUUAAUAAAUCACAAGAAUCAUUUAGAAUAACCGUGACAAAUAGUGCUCCGUAUAAUACAACAAUAACUUUCAUCGCCAAGACAGCGGAAGGUGUCAUUAUGGUUAUAAACGAAAGAUAUAUUGUGGUAAAUUUUUUAGUCGACUUCAACAUCAGUGACACACAAUUUAUUAACUUACCGCUGAGUCGACGAGGUUCUAUUGUUCGAGAAGUAGGCUUUUGGAAUGUUGAAAAAACGAUUAUUAUCUAUGCUAAAUUGGAAGAUAGAUCUAUAUGCUUCUGGAAAGCAGGAAGUCCUAGACAUAUAUCAUAUCACGCAAGAUCAUUAGGAAAUAUAUUUUGCACUGACAAUGAUGUUUUGAUGAAUGUGAAUGACAAUAUUACACGGUUGGCAAAAUAUCAUUAUGAUCAUCAAUCCGGUUCGGUUAGUCGGCAAUUAGUGAACAUUAUCAGACAACCAAAUGAUAUAAAUUUGGAAGAAUUUCAGAUAAUUGGACUGUUUGGUAAUGCUAAUAGUAUCACUGUAGCAUGCAGAAAAGAAAAGACGAUCUUGAAAUUGAAGAUAAAAAUCCCCGAAAGCACAACAUUGCAAUACAUAAUUUAUGAGAGAACACUAUAUGACCUGGAAAUAUCUGAUGUAAGGAAACCUUAUAUAUGCUACAUUCCACUUAGUGAUGUCGUGUUAAUAGCCAACGGUAAUAUUCAUGCUUUAAUAGUCGUACUGCUUAUCAUUACUCAUUAA